AUGUCCACCAAUCAAUCACUCCCUGGAUACGUCUCGAUCCCUACAUACUCCCGCCACCCCAAACCAGCCACCGGCGAGGAUGGUUUCUUCGCCCAAACCCUCUCGUCCCCGAUCACAAUCCCAAGCGUGCGCACUGUCCGACUCAACCAUCUCCAAUCUCCGCUCCCUUCCCAGCCUCCGGCAUGGCCCUCUCCGACAGCUCCCCCGCAGCUGAUCCCUGUUCCUGGCGCGGAUCUGGUUAUGAUCCUCCAGCUUGCUAGUCCAGGAGUCUGUGGCCACCCGCAGACUGCGCACGGCGGGGUUCUGGCCACUGUGAUUGACGAGGCGAUGAGUUUAGGUGUUACACUUUAUGCGCCGGAGGCGGGUGAGCAUCAUGGUCUUACCGCUCCCCAAGCUGCGGCAAGUGGCUCCGAAUCUGCAGAAUCUCGCGGAAGGAUCCGGUCUAAGAUGUUCACGUCGCAAUUGGAUGUGCGAUACAAGAUGCCUGUUUCGGUGCCUGGCGAGAUUCAGGUCAGGGUACAGGUGCUUGCGAAACAGGGGAAGAAGCUCUGGGUGAGUGCGCAGGUUGUUCAAGAGGGGAAGGUCAGGGUCGAUGCGAUGGCAUUUUGGUUGCUAACUGUGAAGAGCGUCUUGUAG